AUGAGAGAAAAUACGACCGAAGAAGAAAGAAAAUGGCGCCAAAUCCUCGAAGAGAAAGAAAGAUUUCCAUUAAGCGACGACGACGACGACGAAGAAGUUGUUUCUGAUGUACAGAUGCUGGGAGCGGAGUUUUCAGGGCGGCUCCACGAAUCUUUCACUCCUGUGGAAGAAGGUCAUUUUGUGGUGACCUUUCCAGAAUGGUGCCAACGAUCAUUAAACCAACUUCAAAAAGAAAUCGUCGACUUUAAGACACGGCAUCGAAUGGAUUUGGAACUUGAAAGCGAAUUCCGACUGCAGGAUUCGAACCUGCGGUGGAUUGAGUCGAUUGCCGCCAGCAACGAAGACGUUCACGUGUUUGUUGUCGAUUGGGCCGACAAAUCGAUCAAGGAAUUCGCUGAGACUGGGGAAAUUGUCGGCCAAUGUCCCUUGAGGGACGAAGGAUUCUUACCCUGGGACAUUUGUUGUCUUUCCAAAGACAAUUUCGUUAUCACGGCUGAGAAAACCGCACGUAACGCAGCGAAAGCUGCGGCAACGUCCAUUCGACGGUCUCAGGAAUCUAUAGCUGAGAAAACCGCACGCCAUGCGGCCGACGCCGCUGCAACUUCUGCUGCAAGGGCGUCGGAAACUUCCGUACAAAAGCGCACAAGGCGGCAACAUGAUGCAAUUUCAACUUCCGCUGAUGAGCUGUAG